AUGCUUGUCGAGAAAAAUAUCUUGGACGGGGAUGUACCUCCUCGGCGCGUCUGGGAUCUGCAUGCUAAUCGGGUUGUGCCAUGGUGGGUUGCCCGAAAAUGCCCAUGGCCGAUUUCGCAUGCAUGGGUGGAUGAUAAAGAUCUCAAGAGAGAGAUGUCACCCAUUAAUGGAUAUCAAUGGCCCGUACCAAUGCCGAAAGAUGCAGAUCUCAAUCUCAUCAGGAUCGAGAUGCUGAACUUCGGCGCUGAGUAUAUCUGGUUGGAUGUUUUGUGUUUGAGGCAGAAGGGUGAGGGCAGCGACCCACGCGAUAACCCAAGCAAAGAGGAGUGGGAACGUAGGGAGCUUCUGCGUCGCGAGGAGUGGAAAGUCGAUUUGCCAACGAUCGGGUGGGUGUAUCACAACGCCGAGAAGGUGGUAUACUACUUCAGUGGGCUAGGUCUGCCGCUAAGUUUCAAGCCUGGCGACUUCGAGAAUGAUCGGUGUUGGUUUAAUCGGGGGUGGACACUACAGGAAACUAGAGAUAAUCUGCUCAUUGCAGGGGAAGCACGAAAGCUUAGCGAUGACGGGUUCAUGACAGGGCACAUGCAGAAGCUGUUCGAAAAAAAAUUGGCAUCUUUGCGGCAAAUGCGGAGAGAAGAAUCGAUAUUUCGCAUCCUGUCGCAAAUGCAAAAACGGAAAUCAACCAAUCCUGUGGAUAAAGUCGCAGGGUUGGUAUACCUGUUCUACUCCCAGUACAUCCCAAUCUACGAUGCCGACCAGUCCGAGGAGGACGCCUGGACAGAACUCGUUAGCAUCGCGCAGGAUUGGUUUCGUGCAGAUUUAUUCUUCCUGUACCCUGAACCUGGGAACGGAAAGAAGUUCUGGCAUCCGUCAUGGGAGCAGGUAAUGACGGAAGUGCUUCCCAAGUCGUCGCUCAAUAAAGUUCUUUAUAAUAUAAAGAUUAAUCGGACGAAGAAAGGAGGAGACAAGUACCUCGGUCUUCGUAUCGACUCAUGCAGAGUGCGGGGAUUGGUAGACGAACCAUCUCCAGAGAUACCUCGAUGCGGAAAGCUGGACAUCACUUCUCACCUCGGGAGAAAGCACACCUUCGACGUUGUUGCCAACCAUGCAUACCCGAUACCCGAUGGCAAGUAUACGCUUAUAGGCACUGCCAAACAUGGCUCUACGAUGGAAGGUGUUAUCUGGGUCGUCGGGAAAGAAGAUGGGGUUAGGAAGAAGAAGUUCAGAAAAGUGUCGGUGUUGAGUAUGGCGAACAAACGAGAAGAAGACAAGCUUUGGAAGCUCGACGUUCACAGGUACACUAAAACACCUCUUCUCUGA